GUCUUGUACAGGUGUUCAGUCGGCUAGUGGCGCGUAUUCGUGUGUCCGGUAUAUACGUUAUUCUCUCGGCACGAUAAAGUAUUUUACCGAUGUUGAAUAAAUAUAUAAAAAAAAGUGCGUGAAAUUUUUAUUUCAAACCCAUAAAAAUGUCUCGGUCAUGGUGUGAAGUGAUAGAUUCGAAAUAUCGUGAAAGGUGAUUAUUGCUAAGAGUAAAAUUUUCACACGAAAGAUUGGCGGCCGACAUCGCGGGUUAUAUUGCAGUUGGAUAUUAUGCUAAUCACAUUACGGUCAGAAUGCGGGAGGAAGAACUUGAGAUAUCACUCAAGGUGGUGAUAGUCGGUAAUGGUGCUGUGGGGAAAUCGUCGAUGAUCCAAAGAUUUUGCAAGGGCACUUAUACGAGAGACUAUAAGAAGACCAUCGGUGUCGAUUUUCUGGAACGGGAGAUAGAGGUGGAUGGCGAGGACGUAAGACUGAUGCUGUGGGAUACUGCCGGUCAGGAGGAAUUCGACGCAAUCACUGCGGCUUAUUAUCGCGGCGCCCAUGCCUGCGUCCUCGCUUAUUCAGCCACGGACAGGGAUUCCUUCGACGCCAUUCCUUCGUGGAAACUGAAGGUGGAGAACGAGUGCGGCGAAAUUCCCACGGUUCUUGUACAAAACAAAAUGGACCUCGUUGAUCAGUGCGUCAUUGAUCCGGACGAAGCUGAGAGACUUGGUCGUGCCCUCGGCUGUAAGCUUUUAAGAACAUCCGUGAAAGAGGACGUCGGAGUCAUGAGCGUCUUCCGGCACUUGGCAUCAAGAUGUCUCCAUGAGAUGCGUCGCUGUGACGACGAUUAUCAGGACGACCUGAGAUUAUACUCAGCCGGACCUAGAUCUCCUUCCGUAAUAAGUGCAUUUAGUCCGAAUGGAUCCACGUGUGGUCGGAGUACAGGGAAUGGUACCAUAGUUUUGCGACCAGGAACCAAGUCAAAGAAUCAUAAGAAAAAAAAUUUUGUAAAAAACGCUUGUAGGCUACUUUAGUCUUUGCGUGGAUAAAUACGCGAUAAAUUGUAACGAAUACUUCAACCAUGUACAGACUGAUAUAUUCAUAUUUAUGAAGAUAUAAAUAGCUUUUGUACGAUUGUUUCGAUGCCUAUAAAAUUGGUUUUAGGAUUGUUAUGAAAUACGCACAGUAUUUUACGCAGAGUAUCAAAGAUAUAACGAGAAAAAUUGAAUGCGAUUAAUUUUGAACAGUAUUGCGUGUAUUAAUUUGUGAUACACAUUUCCUUCGACAAACGAUUAUAGAAGAGCUGCCACCUCAUAGUUCGCUUUAACUUAUUUCAAUUAUGCAUUAUUAUUACGCAGUGUUUGUUAAUUAUGAAUGAAAAAAAUAUCACUUUAACUAAAUACUGCUUAGUUAGAUACUUCUAUUAAAUAAAAUGUGAAAAAUAUAGAAGGUAUAUAAAGUACGAAAUAAAAAGAAGAGUAUAAUUUGUUUAAAAUAAUAACCGAAUGUAAUUGAAUAAUUUUUUAUGCCGAAAGGACAAUAUAUUUUUUUAUACAUUCAGUUUUUAUUAUUGAAUAUUAUCAAUUUUUCUAUUAUCUUCGAUACUAUUACGAACAUGUGUAAAUACGUCAAUUUUUAAGCACUUUAUUGUUUUAAAUGUUUCCUGUAUUAAGUACUCUUUAUAUUUGUGUUAAGAAUAUGGAAUAUUUUUUAUGUUUCUGUAAAUAUAUUAUUCGUAUGAACGCUGGAAAUGAACAUAGUGUUUUUUUAUAUGAGUCAUAUAGUAAAUUACUAAACUAUAAGUGAUCAGUAAAAGGAAACAAUGGAAUUUUAAAUACCGUAAUUUAGUAAAAUAGAGCGUCUAUAAUUAAAAGAAUUAAAGCACUCCACACAAAUUCUUAGAAAAUAUUAGUGACAUUAAUUUAUAUGUAAACAAAUAAUGUUAA